AGCAGAUAAAAUUAAGCUGGUGAACCGGAAUUAACAUCUGUUUAGCAGAUAAAGGGUAUUUAAUUGCACAUAUAACGUUUCAUAUAUUCUAAUCAAUGGAUGAAAAAGUAAGGCUAAGCGUGGGCGAGUCCAUGGAUACCCGAAUCCGGAAUAUUGAGGCUGAUAUAGGAUCUAUAAAAACAACAAUGAAUGAAAUACUGCGGUUUGUGAGUCCUAAAACAAAGGCAAACCAGAAACGCUGCUUUUCGUCGUCUAAGGCAGGACGCUCGACAUCUGGUUUCGAUCUUUCUAAGCAAGUCUACUUGCAAGAAGCGCUUCGAAGGAACCUGAGCUUGUUUGUGAACGACUUGUGCCUCGACGGGGACAUUCUGGACCGCCUUUACGCUGGUGGCUGCAUUAACUCCGAAGAUUUUCAGACGAUCAAAUCAAAGAAAAACGAGAAUGACAAAGUGCGAGUGCUAGUAUUAAAAUUGAAAAAUAGAGCGCCCCGUGUAAUCAAUACAUUUCUACAAAUUCUGGCCGAAGACGAGGCUCACGAGGUUUUAUUAAGCAAGUUCAACGAUUCGUUAGUACGUAUCCAGAAAGAAAAAAGAAACAGAAGUAAAUGUGCCGUUUGCGUGAUGAAAGAAAAUGUUGACAUUAAAGAUAUUGCAGGAUCGUUGUGGGAAGAGAUCCUUAUUCCUGACGACAUAAUCGAACGACUAUUUAUAAAUGAAGAUAGUUCGCAAACACUGAGAAAUUCGUUUUGGGAAUACGUGGCAGAGAUGUUAAAAGAAUCGGAAGAAAAUAUGCUGAAAGUUAUAGCGGCAUUGACACAAAACUAUGACUAUUUGGUUCCGUUUCUUAAAGACGACAAGGGAAAUAUGUUGUUGUUGGACUGUUGCUAUUGUCGACACCAGCGUACUAAUUUGCACCCAAGACCAAAAAACGUAUGUAGUUCCAUCAUCAGUAAUGAAAGUAACACAUCAGAGCGCGAAGGAGGGGAUAAUAGUGGUAGUUUUGCUUCAGUCCAGUCAUCAAUAUGCAUGGCUUUCUCGUCGGUGAUGAACCACGAUGCUGAAGUUACUAAAAGAAACACGAAUGUAUCGUCGAAACAUCGACUUGAAAAUCGAAAGAAAAGAAUAAACGAGUUAAAUGAAAAAAUACUCGAAACGCCAUUUUCAGAAGUUGCGGCCAUGAAAUUCUUAGAGGAUAAACCUGCCGAGACUUGUUCCAAUCACAUGCAAACAGACACCGACACGUUGAGUGGAUCACGACCAGGAAGAACUAGCAGCGGCCUGUUCGAUGUGCUUCGACUUAGAACACUGCGUCCGGAUAAUUGUUACAAAUGUAAACAAUGUCGCUCUCGUAUUGAGACGAUUUAAUGCAAUACUCAAGCUGAAUAUAUGUGCUUGUCGAAAUAAAAAAUAAGUAAAUUCGA